AUGUUCUCACUCCUUCUCCAGGUGUGUCACGCUGAGCUGCACCUGGCCACCUGUUUCCAGCCUGUUAACGGACGUAUCCAACUGCAGGUUCUCGCUGCCCAGAACCUCCCAGCUCCACUAAGCCAGGCGUUCUUUGUGAAGAUAGAGAUGCACCUGCCGGGCAGGGUGGUGAUGAAGAAGAAGACUCACGCCCUGAAGGCCUCCGGAGGUCAGCUGACCUGGACUGAGUCUUUCUACUUCCCCUUAUCUCUGGACCAGGACUUCCUGCUGUCAGUCAAAUUCUACAGCCGCAGUCAUGUCAGACGGAAACGCUACCUAGGACAGGUUCACCUUGGCUUCGACAGCCCGACCCAGGAAGCAGCGGAGCAGUGGAGGGACAGCAUGUCUCACCCUGAGAAGGUGGUGGCUGUAUGGCACAGACUCAACGGAUUCUGACACACCUGUAUAAAUUCACACAGUGUCCCUAAAGGAGUUGACAGCCUCACCUGUACCGCCACCCAGUGGUGUAAAGUACUUAAGUAAUAAUACUUUAAAGUACCACAUGAGACAUUUUUUUGAAGGUAUCUGUAC